GAUUUCACUCAGGAGGUUAAAUGAACAUCAGAGUGGAGCGAGGACCAACUGCUGAGAUGCUGUGGAGUUUGGUUUUCAUCUGGGUUAUAACAACCCAAAAUGUAGCUGUGCAGACAACAGAUCUCUGCAACAAACAGAGAAAAAAUCUGACAGUGAAGAAUGCAUCUCAGUCCUCAACCUUAGAUGAUGGACGCGUACCAUUGAUCCCUCCCAGAGCCUUUGAUGAGAAUCCCAAUACAUGUUGUCGCACCCAGAAACAGACUAACCCCUGGUGGAGAAUUGACCUGCAGGGGAUUUACAACAUUUCCUGCAUCUCUAUCUAUACUAAACCAGAGGAUGUAGAUUACAUAUCUGGAGCUCAGAUCUACAUCGGGAACUCUCUAGAGAACAACGGCACCAACAACAGGCUGGUUUACAACAUCACAGAGCAAGGACAGGAGAUAAAAUAUAAAAACCUUGUUAUGAUUGCCUUCAGCUUUCCCACAUCAGCGUUGGGGCGAUACGUCACUGUGUUCAGACCAGGCCACAAGCAUCUGGUUCUUUGUGAGGUGAAAAGCACUGGCACAGAACCGGCCUGUGAUGGACCAAAAAUAAAUCUGAUGGAGAAAAAAGCAUCUCAGUCUUCAGUGUACAUUAAAGAUGAUACCAAUUACGCUGCUGACAGAGCCUUUGAUGGGAAAAUCAACACAUGUUCUCACACUACGGAGCAGACUAACUCCUGGUGGAGAAUCGACCUGCAGGGGGUUUACAACAUUUCCUGUAUCUCUGUUAAAAAUUUUGAACAGGGUUCUACGACUGACCUAUCAGAUACUAAAUUCUACAUUGGAAACUCUCUGGAGAAUAACGGCACCAGCAACAUACUGAUUCCACACGGAACAUAUCGCUACAAUGUCUUUAGGUUUGACAUAUCAGUGUUGGGACGCUACAUCACUGUGAUCAAAGAAAAAAAAGAACAUCUGGCUCUCUGUGAAAUAUCCAUCACUGGCACAAAAAUUGAUUCACCUUUUAAACUUAUUAAGCAAAACAAGACCUGGGAAGAAGCCCUGUACUACUGCAGAGAUAACCACAGAGAUCUGGCCUCCAUCCUGGAUGAACAGAUGCAGGCCUUUUCUGAGCUGGAGGCUGAGAAGGCCAACAGUCCCUUUGUAUGGCUCGGCCUUCAUUACACCUGCACCCUGGACUUCUGGUUCUGGGUUGAUGAUAAUGUUGUGCGUUUCAAACGCUGGGCUAACAACCCCCCAGAGGAGGACUGUGACAUGAGUGGAGCCAUGAAGACACAUGGAGACCAUCUGUGGUUCAGCAAGUCUGAUUAUGAGAAGUUUAAUUGUAUCUGUUUGCUUUAGGAAGAUUUUAAUAUUCCACCUGAUUAUAAAGUUAGCAUUGCUUUGUUUUCAUUAAAACGGCCUCUUCUUUGAUUGUAGAAACUCUUAGACCAUUUCCCUGUAUUUUUGCAAUAAUCACAAAGAGAGUUGGUUAGUCUAGCUUCCACUUAUGUCCAUCACUGUAGUAAAAAACUAAAAUAUGGAUCCUGAAAAGCUGGAUAUUUGGAAAUGAAAGGUUCUGUAACCUUUAACAAGGUUUUAACAUUUUUUUGUUCCAGUUGAAUAAAUACUGUAUGAAGUUAAGAUCUGAAACCUCUACUGGGUUUAAUUGUAAUUUAAUUACAACUGCCUGGAGAUUCAGUUUAUGUAUCUGUUAUGUUUCUGUAAGUAACAAAAGCUUUCUUAGGAUGAACAUUUCUAAGCAAUAAAGAGGCUUUAUUACAGUCUGACAUAUGUUCGUUUAUGUUAUUCUUAGGGUAUCCUGGCUUCUCUAGGUGCUCAAUGAGGUUUGUUUCUUUCAGUACACAAAGUCACACUGUCAAAAAAGCAAGCUCUAAUAGAAAGAUAAAAAGCCAAAUUUGGAACUAAAAAAUAUAAAGGCAUUUAGAAGAAAAUGAACUCUAACAAAUGUAUAACAUUGUCUUCAUCAGAGGUGUUUUCUGCUUUGGUAAAAUUCUCUUGGUUGUAAAUAAUUAUUGGUGCUCCCCUUAAUGUGAUGUUGGGGAAAGCUUAAGUACUAUUAUUAAAAACCUUUAUAUAUGUGUCAGUUUAUCGUAAAAUGUUUUUUGUGCAAAUAUUUCAAACAUAGGAGCUAAUUCAGUUCUAAAUCAGAUUCAAA